AUGAGCGGUAGGGUCACAGUGCGCACGCAGUAUCCGUACGCAGAGGUGCCACCCACCUGCACCCAGUGCCAGCGACAGCAGUCCGCGCAGUUUCCGUCCCAGCGUGAGAGGUGCCAGACCAGCCAGCCCAGUCAAGUCCCGUACCCAGUCACCCAGUCCCAGAGUCCCCAGUUUGCCUCCUCUGUCCGACCAACCGACCGACCGACCGACCGAAUACAGCCUCAAAGUUCUUCCAUCUCAUCAUCAUCUGCCAUCCCACGCAACCCAAAAUUUUGCGCCGGCACGCCGCAGUCGACGACAUCCAAACUUCACGAGCUCAAGACUUCUCGUCCCCGACCGACCGACCUCUCGCUAGAGAGCCGCGCCCCAUUCCAGGCGCGACCGAACGACGGGAAAGUGGCGCUCACCAUCCUCACCCAGACCGACGCCGAGCUUUCCCUUCAACAACACCUCGACCUCGCUCCCGAUAUCCUUAGCUACCCCCGUCUCACUAUCGAGGGGGGCACCGAACCAUUGAUGAUGGCACAACCCGUGCCUCAUCAUGCGACGGACAAGAAACGCGUCAAGGUCUAUGAGCUGCGCAACAAUGACUGGUUCGAUCGCGGCACCGGCUUCUGUACCGCUGCUUUCAUGCAGACGGCGGAUGAUCAGCGCGGAGACCCUAGAGUCAUAGUUGAAUCAGAAGACCACCCCGAUAGGCUUCUAUUGGAGACCAAGAUUUGCAAAGAGGAUGGCUUCCAGAAGCAGCAAGGCAAGUCCCACGGCAUCUCAGUCAAUGGCAUCGAUAUGGCCCUCUCAUUCCAGGAGGCGGAUGGCUGUGCACUGAUAUGGAAAUUCGUCAACAGCGUGCAACAGACUUUCCAGAAUGGCAUGGUCGCUGCCGACGAUAGUCUUUCCGACGAUCUAGCCAUGGAAAUGCCCAGCACCAUCAGCCUUCCACCAGCCGAAAUCGGGAAUCUCCAGGAAAUUGAGACUAGCAUGCGCAUAAUGAGUCAGACAGUCAAUGGACGAGAUGCACUGGCUAAGUGCAUCAUGGGCGAGGACUAUAUUGGCAAACUGAUUCCUUUGGUCGAAAUGGCCGAAGAUCUCGAGAGCCUAUCAGAUUUGCACCGACUUUGCAACAUCAUGAAGACCGUCAUUCUUCUCAACGACACCGCCAUAAUAGAACAUGCCGUGUCCGACGACUGCGUUCUAGGCGUCGUAGGCGCUCUCGAAUACGACCCCGAUUUCCCGAGCCACAAAGCCAACCACCGCCACUGGCUAGAUAACCAAGGACGGUACAAGGAGGUCGUACCGAUCCAGGACGACCAGAUCAGGAGGAAAAUCCAUCAGACCUACCGACUUCAGUACUUGAAGGACGUUGUACUGGCACGCAUACUGGAUGAUCCCACUUUUUCCGUUCUCAACUCUCUGAUUUUCUUCAACCAGGUGGAUAUUGUCCAGCAUCUGCAAGGGAAUGGAGAAUUUCUUGGUGAUCUUUUCGGCAUCUUUAAGAUAACGCAAACGGAUCAGAGACGGAAGAAGGAGGCUGUUCUGUUCAUUCAGCAAUGUUGCGCCAUUGCGAAGAAUCUGCAGCCGCCGGCUCGCCAAACUCUUUACAACAACUUCAUCGGUCACGGCCUGCUUCAGGUCAUCAACUUUGGCCUGCGUCACCCUGAUGUGAGCGUUCGGGUGGGCGCUACCGACGUUCUGGUAUCCCUGAUAGACCACGACCCGCACAUGAUUAGAGGCACCAUUUAUCGCCAACUUCAUGAAAGGCAACCGCCCUUGACAGAUUCGCUCAUUGAUCUGCUUUUGGUGGAAGUCGAUCUUGGCGUCAAGGCACAGAUUUCAGAUGCCUUGAAGGUCCUUCUUGACCAGGGCCCUCCGCUCCAGUCGCAGGAGGCUUUCGCGAAAGCCAAUGGGGAGUUCCCAGGCCGACGGCCCCAGGCAAUGCAAGAUCCUCAGCACGCCAACCUCCUUGACAACUUCUAUGCUUCAUCAGCAAUAAGGCUCUUCAGGCCCCUCACCGAUCUUCGAGGCCGCACCAACAUGGCAUUCCCAUUGCAACAAGCCUCAAUGUUCACAUAUCUCAUCGAAAUACUUUGCUUCUUCAUCAGACAACACCAAGGAAAAUGCAGACCCUUCGUUCACCAACAAGAUCUACUUCGGCGAAUUGCCCAGCUGUUUGCCUGCCCGGAGAAGUAUCUACGACUAGUUGCCAUUCGCUUCUUCCGUAACCUAGCAGGAAUGCAAGAUGAGUUUUACGAUCGACUCAUCAUGGAACAUGGCAUCUUGGAGCCCUUGCUUGACAUGGUCUCCCAAUCUAUGCAUCGGGACAACCUCCUCAGCUCCGCUUGUGUCGAGUUUUUCGUAUUCGUUACCGGACAAGAGCACAGAAAGGCCAUGAACAAGUUUCUCGUCCAAAACUAUCGGGAACGACUAGUCGAUUUGAGUUACAUGGAAACUUUCCGCAACGUCCUAGUACUCUACGACCAGACUCAAGGCCACACCGCCGAGUUCUACACGGAAUCAGAAGAGGAUCUGGCAAGACGGACGGCCGCCAACACCAAUCAGAGGAUGAUGGAACACAUCGCCGUAGAUCAAGCCGAGGAGGAUUACUUCAACACCUCGGAUGACGAAGAUGGACCUGAGAGCAGGGCUUUUGAUAAGGUGCAGCCCACAAAUGGCUCAGCAGCGUCAACAUUAGCCUCAAAACCGCUGGUCGACUACCCUUCGGACGAAGAGGUGGAUGAGAACGCUGAUCCUGAGGUGCUGCCAACGUCUGGCGAAAAGCAAGACGGAACGGAUGGCGCUUCCGAUACGAGCAGUGAAUCAUCCUCGGUCGCACCGCCAGAACGCCUUUCUGAGAAGAGACGGCGCGAAGAAGAUGAUGACGAUGAGCUCGGGAAGCUGAUGCAGAACAAGCGCAGGAACAGUAGUUCUGCGGGGUCGAAUGCAUCAAUGACAUCAAGUAUGGUCAGGAGAAAGAAAACCUUUGCAGAUCGGCCAAACACAGCAGCGCCGAAAAAAAUUGCUAUCAGUAUAUCACCCUCAGUGAAGACUGGCGGGGCGGCGAGGUCGGAUGAUGAAUCCUGA